GGGUCCAAGCACUUCUACCGAUAAACUCUGUUGCCCGGGGGAAAAAACCCUUACCCGCCGGCAGCACUCUGUGCUCGCGUCUGGACAGAGGAGCGUCCUUGCGCGUGUGUGGCGCGUGCCUGCGUGAUUGAGGCUCGCUGCUGAUGUGCUUGGCUCCGCCCUCAAUCACUCCUUACCACUGACAGAAUAGUGAGGCCCUGCGUUGCGUUCUGUUCGGGUUCUCUUCUUCAUGACGGCGGCUUUGGUUUGGUUGGCCGGUGGAGCCUUGUCCACCUUUCUCGCAGUGCGCAGUGGGGCAGGAGUGGCCUUCGCCGCGGAGCGGUGCGAGUAGGUGGAAAAGGUUCGGAAUCAGUGCUGGUAGCGCAUCCACAAACGACCUGUUCUGUAGGCUGUCGUACGCAGUGCGGUGAGCCCUGCCCGCCGCAAGGACAGGAUGCGCGGCUGUGUCGAGUGAUGGACAGAAAAGGCACUGAAGCGCUGAUUCGAGAACGAAGGCGUCCCUGGCACGGUGCCUCCCGUUCCUCUGGUACCACUGGGGCCCUGAUGAGACCCAUGGACUUACCACCGAUAACCAGAAUGAGCUCAGGCGCCCAGUGAGCUCCGUAAUGCCCGCAUUGGUUCCUGGGACCCCUGCAGCCAUCCUGGCUGCCCAAGAGGCCGCCAAGAUCUACCAGACCAACUAUAUAAGAAACUCACGGGCCAUUGGUGUCCUGUGGGCCAUCUUCACCAUCCUGUUUGCCAUCGUCAACGUGGUGUGCUUUAUCCAGCCAUACUGGAUUGGAGACGGCGUGGAAACGCCACAGGCAGGGUACUUCGGUCUCUUUCAUUACUGCAUUGGAAAUGGCUUGUCCCGGGAGUUGAUUUGUCAAGGGAGCUUCACGGACUUCUCAUCGAUCCCGUCAGGAGCGUUCAAGGCUGCCUCUUUCUUUAUUGGCAUGUCCAUGGUAUUGGUCAUCGGCUGCAUUGGCUGUUUUUCACUCUUCUUUUUCUGUAGCACAGCCACCGUGUACAAGACCUGCGGCUGGUUGCAGCUAACAUCAGCUGCCUGCCUGGUGCUGGGAUGUCUCAUCUUUCCAGAUGGCUGGGACUCUGAUGAAGUGAAACGCAUGUGUGGAGAUAGGACGGAUAAAUAUUCACUGGGAGCUUGCUCAAUGCGAUGGGCCUACAUCCUAGCCAUCAUGGGAAUUCUGGACGCUCUUAUCCUCUCAUCUCUUGCCUUUGUUCUUGGGAACCGUCAGGAUGGACUUUUUUCAGAAGACCUGCUGGCUGAAUCCAAGGAUAAUGGAGCCGCAUAAUGGCAUAAAAGGGCUCCUUUCCAUCUUCCUACCCAGCAUUCCCAGGUGAAGGUAUACCAUAACCCUGGAAAGCAGAAGUGGAGAGGAUAUGGCAAAGAGUCACUGCCCUGGGGAUGCCAGCUGCUAAAAGCAUAGAUUUAGACGCAGCAGCGCAAUGACAUCACUGUGAAAUCAUGCGUAUCGUGAAAACAACUAAAAGGCUUUGUCAAAUCAUUGUGUUCUGAAAGCUGUAGACCUAGAGCUUUGUUGAGACAGAAGUUAGACUAGACUGCCUGAGUUUACUUGUGCUCAAAUCUCCCAGUUUACAGACCUUAAUAAGUUUUCUGAUUUUGCAGACCUUCUGAUUUCUUUGCACUGGACUGACUUCACUGGUCUCACAUGUACAUCUGUUCUUCAGAAUACUGGAGUGACUUUGGAGGUGUAUU